UUCCUCCUCUUCCCCUGACCUUCAACGGGCGAGGUUUUUUGAAAGCAUCCUCCUCUCCCCUUCAACUCCCCCGACACCCCAACCGAAGCCGUAGAGAGGGGUAGGGCAGCGAAAAGCUUGCUCUUUUAUAACUUCCUAGGGUUUCGAGCCCCAUCCCUCGCUCGCUCGCUUCGCGCCACCUCCCGCCUUCCCUCGCCGCCGAUCGAUUCGCCGUCCGCAGCCCCAAUUCGAUCCCACAGUCGCUCGAUCUGGGAUCCGAUAGAUUCGUUGUGGCGGUGAUGAGGAGGUGAUGGGGGCGAUGGCGGAGGUGGUGCAGGAGGGGUGCGUGGAGAACCGGCAGCACCUGGCGGCGUCGAGCUCGUCGGUGUCGGACGGCAGCAGCUAUGGCGGGGGAGGACGGGCGGGGAUGUCGCCGCCGGUGUCUAGCUCGGCGAAUUCCAUAUCCGGUCUGAGGCGAACAAGUGGGCCCAUAAGGAGAGCUAAGGGUGGCUGGACACCCAAGGAGGAUGAAACACUGCGGAAUGCAGUUGAAGCAUUCAAGGGUAGAAACUGGAAAAAAAUAGCUGAAUUCUUUCCUGAUAGGACAGAGGUACAAUGUUUGCAUCGCUGGCAAAAGGUUUUAAACCCCGAGCUUAUCAAAGGCCCUUGGACGCAAGAGGAAGAUGAUAAAAUCAUUGAACUUGUAAAUAAAUAUGGACCAACAAAAUGGUCUGUCAUAGCAAGGUCAUUGCCUGGCCGCAUAGGCAAGCAAUGCCGAGAGAGGUGGCAUAAUCAUCUUAAUCCAGAAAUAAGGAAGGAUGCUUGGACCCCUGAGGAGGAAAGGGCACUCAUUAAUGCUCAUCAGGUUUAUGGGAAUAAAUGGGCAGAAAUAGCAAAAGUUCUUCCUGGAAGGACCGAUAAUUCUAUAAAGAAUCACUGGAACAGUUCUUUGAGAAAGAAGCUAGAUGUCUACAAUACCAGCAAUGUUCUUGCUGCUCCAAAACUACUUGUCUGUGAUGAUUUCAAGGAAAAAAUGAAGCCAGUGGCUACUGAAAACUAUCUUGAUCUGAACAAGAUGCCCAGCGUUGGUUCAAAAGAUCUCCCUGGAAUAGCUCAUCAUUCCAAUUUGAGCCCGCUUUCACAGGCAUACAAAUUGGAACCUGUCAAGGGCUGCUCAGGGUUCCUUUCUCUUACCAUACCAACUGCGCAGCCUCUAACUUCAUAUGAAAUGUCAUCACUACUUGAUGGUUCUGCUGUUACUUUAGCGGUACAAGGUCUGGAAAGUGACUCUGUCCGUGACAAGGGCCUAGAAAUUGAUUCUGUUCAUGAGAAGGGUAUUGAGGUUAGCUCCACACCUGAUCCUGUGGGGGAGGCCUGUGCCAUUCAAUUAGAAUCUGCACCAGCCAAAAGUGGGCCAGAAUCAUCUUUGAAGAAUGUGUUGUAUCCUACCCUUGGUCCUCUUUGUUAUCAGAUUCCUGAUGUGGAAGUUGUGGCCCCUAUGAGUUCCCUGCUUAGUUCUGAACAUCAUAGGGCACAUCAGACAACACAACAUUGCAUGGAUGGGCUAGGUUACACUUCUCCCUCUCCAACAAAUGGAAAAGUAUUAAGUCCACUAACGGUUGAUUCAAUUUUGAAGACUGCCGCUGACAGCUUUCCAGGUACUCCUUCAAUAUUAAGAAGAAGAAAACGUGGUAAAUCAACACCUGCUUCAGAUAAUGAGUUGAAGACUGGUGGAGUAAGCACUGAUAACUUUUACACUCCUAAUGGGAAGAGAGCUACAACAGAUACGCCACGAUCGUUUAAAACUGCAUCCUUUUUGUCAUUGGGUCCUCUUGAUGGGUUGUUGACUUCUGUAAGGAGCUCUGAUGUUUCACCACCGUAUCAGAUCAGGUCAAAAAGAAUGGCUGCCAUGAAAACAGUUGAGAAACAUCUAGAUUUCUCAGCAGAUGGAUUGGAUAGUUCUGGUUCUGAGAUUCGGAACUCCCCUUGCCAUAAUUCUCAAAGCGCAAAUUCUAUCACUGAAGCCCUAAGAAUGCAGGAAAAGGAGCUUAAUGAACAUGUUACUCAGCUGGAAACUUUAACCAAGGAUUAGCACAUACAGCCGAUUUGGAUGUAACCUAAUUCCUUAAUGGGCAGGAACUAAUCUUAAUCUUACAAAGCACAAUGGGACAUAUGAAGUGCCUUCCGUACUGACGAGCUUCAUGCAAAUGUCUCGGCUCGAGCCAAAAUGCAAAUCAAACACCACCAAUGGAGAAAAGAACCUUCCACAAUUGGAAUGACGGGAAGGGUCACCAAUUACCCUGUCAUCUGUUGUAAUCAUGGUGUACAAAGACUGUCGAAAUUAAAAUGACACUCCAUAGAAGACUAAAUUUUUUUCUUGCAUUGUGAACUUACAGCUAGGAGUCCAGAAUGUAGAAGCCCACAGCUGUGUACAAAAGAAGAAAACAUAGCUUUAGAAACAUAUAGCUGAAUAAGAGCUUCCCCAUUGGAAUGUCAAUUUCUUUCUUCUUUUUUAUUUGUGUCCUGCUUGUUGCGUAACAGUAAGGGUCUGCUCUUUGUAAUAAGUAAGCCUGAUUUACGGGCUAAAAAUCUGGCAAGAGUUUGUCAAGAAACUAUUUAUGACAGGCAUCUUUCAUGGAUGACAGCA